AUGGGUUCCUCGGAGAAGGAGAUACCUCAGGACCUACAGCUCGAGCAGCAGCUCCAGUCUCAAGGCAUCAAGACGGAGCGCGAUGGCGAAGGAAAGCUUCAUACCGCUGCCGGCCACGGCAACCUUGCCACCGAUGAAAACGGCAACCCCCUCGUCACAUUCGACCCCGUUGCCGUGAGGAAGCUCCGCUGGAAGCUCGACCUCUACACCGUCCCCACCGUCUCCUUUCUCUACCUCUUCUGCUUCAUCGACCGCGCCAAUAUCGGCAACGCCCGCCUGGCCGGUCUGGAAAAGGACCUCAACCUCCAGGGGUUCGACUACAACAUGAUCCUCUCCAUCUUCUACAUCUCCUACAUCAUCUUCGAGAUCCCCGCCAGCGUGUGCUGCAAGUGGAUGGGCCCCGGCUGGUUCCUGCCCCUGACCUCCCUCCUCUUCGGUAUUGUCUCCGUCGCCACCGCCUUCACGCACAGCCGCGCCGCCAUCUGCGGUGUCCGCUUCCUCCUCGGCAUCUUCGAGGCCGCGCGCCGAGCUACUUUCCGUCUCUCCCUGUACAUGGUCAUGGCGCCCCUCGCCGGCGCGUUCGGCGGCCUCCUCGCUUCCGCCAUCCUCACCCUCGACAACUUUGGCAGCCUCCACGCCUGGCGCAUGAUCUUCGCCAUCGAGGGUAUCAUCACCAUUGGCCUGUCCCUCAUCUCCUUCGUCACCCUCACCGACCGCCCCGAGACGGCUCGCUGGCUCACCGCCGAGGAGAAGGAGCUGUGCAUCGCCCGCGUCAAGUCCGAGCGUAUCGGCGCCACCGAGGUCAUUGACGGCAUCGACCGCAAGAAGAUCUGGAGCGGCAUCACUAACCCCGUCACCCUUGAGAUCGCCGCCAUCUUCCUCUUCAACAACAUCACCGUCCAGGGCCUCGCCUUCUUCCUCCCCACCAUCGUCAGGAGCAUCUACCCCGAGUUCACCGUUGUUCAGCAGCAGCUCUACAGUGUCCCUCCCUAUGCCGUUGGUGCCUUCUUUGUCUUGGCUUAUCCCGCUCUCAGUUGGUACCUCGACAGGAGGCAGGUGUUGAUUGCUCUCACCUCUCCAAGUUCCCACCGUGCGCUACGUCGCCACCUUUUGAUUGCUAGCUCGACCAUGGUGCUUGGACCCAUGUCCAACGCCCAAAUUAGCGCCAACGUCGUUAGCGACACGGCCAGGAGCAGCGCCAUCGGCUUCAAUGUCAUGAUGGGCAACAUUGGUGGUCUCGCCUCGACUUGGAGUUACAUUAGCUGGGACGGUCCCGAUUACCACAUCGGCAACGGUCUCAACCUCGCCGCUGCCAGCGCUAUCCUCAUCAUCGCCACCCUCGCCUGGCUCUGGAUGAAGCGUGAUAACAAGAGGCGUGAUGGCCGCAACGCCGAGGAGGAGCUUGCUGGCAUGAGCCCCGCCGAGAUCGCUGACCUCGACUGGAAGCAUCCCGGUUUCCGCUGGCGCACGUAG